CCCAGUUUGAUAUCCAUCCCAACGCCAAGCUGGCUUACACCAGAAUCCUCGACCCUCCACACGCCGCAAUUCAGCAACAACUGGUUUGCACUUUGAUUCAAGAACUCCUUCUGCAGCCUCCAAUUUCGCCCUCAAAUUCAGACCCCCAUAAAUGGCUUCCCUGAAUUCCCAUAAAAUUUCACUCAAGUCACACACAUACAUACUCAAAUCAUGCAUUCGAGCAAUGCAACAAGCAGUAGCAAAGGCUCUGCAGGAACAGAAACAGGUCGUCACGGAGUGUACCGAGGGGUGAGGCGCAGGAGUAGUGGAAAAUGGGUGUCUGAAAUCCGUGAACCCAAAAAGCCUAAUAGAAUUUGGUUAGGCACGUUUCCCACGCCUGAAAUGGCAGCUGUCGCCUAUGACGUCGCAGCGUUUGCUCUUAAGGGUAAAGAUGCUGAGCUUAACUUCCCUAAUUCCGUUUCUUCCCUUCCUACCCCUGCUUCUCUCUCUGCACGUGACAUUCAGGUGGCUGCAGCCAGUGCUGCAGCUGCUGCUGGUGCAGCAAAAGAUGCCAUGGGCACACAGCCACAGAAUAAUAAUGUUGCUGUUGCAGCCUCACAGGACCAGCAUGGAGGGACCAGUGACCACUUUGUCGAUGAGGAUUUGAUCUUUGACAUGCCUAAUGUUCUUGUCAAUAUGGCUCAGGGAAUGCUGCUUAGUCCUCCUCCUUUUGAUUUUGGUGGGGAAGAAAACAUGGAUGAACAAGAGCCUAACCUGUGGAAUUUCCCUUAA